CAACGAUGAUUAAGUCCAUUAAGCACCGAUUUGGGCGGAUUUCUCCCGGGUCCAUUUUUGGCAGAUUCCGAAGGGGUACCAUCACAGAUUUCGGGCGAUUUUUCCGAAAUGGGAUUUUCUUUCGAUUUUGGAGGCUACAGAACACGGAUUCAGCCCGAGGCUAUUCUCUAGUGAUAAUGAAGUCUAUUGAUCCUAUUCUCCACCGAUGAUUAAGUCCAUUAAGAACAGAAUUUGGCCAAUUAAUUUUGGGAUGACAUUAUCGUAAUUUUUUGUACGAUUUUUUUGGAAAAGCCAUUUUCUUUGAAUUUUGAAGGAUACAAAUCACGGAUUCGGCCUGAGGCUAUUCUUCAAGGAUGAUUAAGUCCAUUAAGCACCGAUUUGGGCGGAUUUCUCCCCGGUCCAUUUUUGGCAGAUUCCAAAGGGGUACCAUCACAGAUUUCGGGCGAUUUUUCCGAAAUGGGAUAUUCUUUCAAUUUUAAAGGCUACAGAACACGGAUUCAGCCCGAGGCUAUUCUCCAGUGAUAAUGAAGUCUAUUGAUCCGAUUCUCCAUCGAUGAUUAAGUCCACUAAGCACUAAUUUGGCCAAUUAAUUUUGUGAUGGCAUUAUGGUAAUUUUUUGUGCGAUUUUUUUAGAAAGGCCAUUUUCUUUGAAUUUUGAAGGGUACAAAUCACGGAUUCGGCCUGAGGCUAUUAUUCAAUGAUGAUUAAGUCCAUUAAGCACCGAUUUGGGCAGAUUUCUUCCGGGUCCAUUUUUAGCAGAUUCGAAAGGGGUACUAUCACAGAUUUCGGGCGAUUUUUCAAAAAUGCGAUUUUCUUCCGAUUUUUAAGGCUACAGAACACGGAGUCACCCCCGAGGCUAUUCUCCUGUGAUAAUGACGUCUAUUGAUCCUAUUCUCCACCGAUGAUUAAGUCCAUUAAACACAGAAUUUGGCCAAUUAAUUUUAGGAUAGCAUUAUCUUAAUAUUUUGUGAGAUUUUUUUAGAAAGGCCAUUUUCUUUGAAUUUUGAAGGAUACAAAUCACGGAUUCGGCAUGAGGCUAUUAUUCAAUGAUGAUUAAGUCCAUUAAGCACCGAUUUGGGCGGAUUUCUUCCGGGUCCAUUUUUAGCAGAUUCCAAAGGGGUCCAUCACAGAUUUCGGGCGAUUUUUCCGAAAUGCGAUUUUCAUCCGAUUUUGGAGGCUACAGAACACGGAUUCACCCCGAGGCUAUUCUCCACUGAUAAUGAAGUCUAUUGAUCCUAUUCUCCACCGAUGAUUAAGUCCAUUAAGCACAGAAUUUGGCCAAGUAAUUUUGUGAUGUGGGCGAUUUUUUUAGAAAGGCCAUUUUCUUUGAAUUUUGAAGGAUACAAAUCACGGAUUCGGCCUGAGGCUAUUAUUCAAUGAUGAUUAAGUCCAUUAAGCACCGAUUUGGGGUGAUUUCUUCCGGGUCCAUUUUUAGCAUAUUCCAAAGGGGUACCAUCACAGAUUUCGAGCGAUUUUCCGAAAUGCGAUUUUCUUCCGAUUUUGGAGGCUAAAGAACACGGAUUCAUCCCGAGGCUAUUCUCCACUGAUAAUGAAGUCUAUUGAUCCUAUUCUCCACCGAUGAUUAAGUCCAUUAAGCACAGAAUUUGGCCAAUUAAUUUUGGGAUGGUAUUAUCGUAAUUUUUUGUGCAAUUUUUUAGAAAGGCCAUUUUCUUUGAAUUUUGAAGGAUACAAAUCACCGAUUCGGCAUGAGGCUAUUAUUCAAUGAUGAUUAAGUCCAUUAAGCACCGAUUUGGGCGAAUUUCUUCGGGGUCCAUUUUUAGCAGAUUCCAAAGGGGUACGAUCACAGAUUUCGGGCGAUUUUUCUAAAAUGCGAUUUUCUUCCGAUUUUCAAGGCUACAGAACACGGAGUCACCCCGAGGCUAUUCUCUUGUGAUAAUGAAGUCUAUAGAUCCUAUUCUCCACCGAUGAUUAAGUCCAUUAAGCACAGAAUUUGGCCAAUUAAUAUUGGGAUGGCAUUAUCGUAAUAUUUUGUGCAAUUUUUUCAGAAAGGCCAUUUUCUUUGAAUUUUGAAGGAUACAAAUCACGGAUUCGGCCUGAGGCUAUUAUUCAAUGAUGAUUAGGUCCAUCAAGCACCGAUUUGGGCGGAUUUCUUCCGGGUCCAUUUUUAGCAGAUUCCAAAGGGGUGCCAUCACAGAUUUCGGACGAUUUUUCCGAAAUGGGAUUUUCUUCCAAUUUUGGAGGCUACAGAACAUUGAUUCACCCCGAGGCUAUUCUCCACUGAUAAUGAAGUCUAUUGAUCCUAUUCUCCACCGAUGAUUAAGUCCAUUAAGCAUAGAAUUUGGCCAAUUAAUUUUGGGAUGUCAUUAUCGUAAUUUUGUGUGCGAUUUUUUUAGAAAGGCCAUUUUCUUUGAAUUUUGAAGGAUACAAAUCACGGAUUCGGCCUGAGGCUAUUAUUCAAUGAUGAUUUAGUACAUUAAGCACGUAUUUGGCCAGAUUUCUUCCGGGUCCAUUUUUAGCAGAUUCCAAAGGGGUACCAUCACAGAAUUCAGACGGUUUUUCCGAAAUGGGAUUUUCUUUCGAUUUUGGAGGCUGCAGAACACGGAUUGAGCCCGAGGCUAUUCUCAAGUGAUAAUGAAGUCUAUUGAUCCUGUUCUAUAUCGAUGAUUAAGUCCAUUAAGCACAGAAUUUGGACAAUUAAUUUUGGGAUGGCAUUAUCGUAAUUUUUUGUGCGAUUUUUUUAGAAAGUCCAUUUUCUUUGAAUUUUGAAGGAUACAAAUCACGGAUUCGGCCUGAGGCUAUUAUUCAAUGAUGAUUAAAUCCAUUAAGCACCGAUUUUGGGCGGAUUUCUUCCGGGUCAAUUUUUAGCAGAUUCCAAAGGGGUACCAUCACAGAUUUCGGGCGAUUUUUCCGAAAUGGGAUAUUCUUUCGAUUUUGGAGGCUACAGAACACGGAUUCAGCCCGAGUCUAUUCUCCAGUGAUAAUGAAGUCUAUUGAUCUUAUUCUCCACCGAUGAUUAAGUUCAUUAAGCACAGAAUUUGCCAAUUAAUUUUGGGAUGGCAUUCUCGUAAUUUUUUGUGCGAUUUUUUUAGAAAGGCCAUUUGCUUUGAAUUUUGAAGGAUACAAAUCACGGAUUCAGCCUGAGGCUAUUAUUCAAUGAUGAUUAAGUCCAUUAAGCAGCGAUUUGGGCAGAUUUUUUCCGGGUCCAUUUUUAGCAGAUUCCAAAGGGGUAAUCACAGAUUUCGAGCGAUUUUUCUGAAAUGCGAUUUUCUUCCGAUUUUGGAGGCUAAAGAACACGGAUUCACCCCGAGGCUAUUCUCCACUGAUAAUGACGUCUAUUGAUCCUAUUCUCCACCGAUGAUUAAGUCCAUUAAGCACAGAAUUUGGCCAAUUAAUUUUGGGAUGUCAUUAUCGUAAUUUUUUGUGUGAUUUUUUUUGAAAGGCCAUUUUCUUUGAAUUUUGAAGGAUACAAAUCACGGAUUCGGCUUGAGGCUAUUAUUCAAUGAUGAUUAAGUCCAUUAAGCACCUAUUUGGCCGGAUUUCUUCCAGGUCCAUUUUUAGCAGAUUCCAAAGGGGUACCAUCACAGAUUUCGGACGAUUUUUCCGAAAUGGGAUUUUCUUCCGAUUUUGGAGGCUACAGAACACGGAUUCAGCCCGAGGCUAUUCUUAAGUGAUAAUGAAGUCUAUUGAUCCUGUUCUACACCGAUGAUUAAGUCCAUUAAGCACAGAAUUUGGACAAUUAAUUUUGGGAUGGCAUUAUCGUAAUUUUUUGUGCGAUUUUUUUUGAAAGUCCAUUUUCUUUGAAUUUUGAAGGAUACAAAUCACGGAUUCGGCCUGAGGCUAUUAUUCAAUGAUGAUUAAGUCCAUUAAGCACCGAUUUUGGGCGGAUUUCUUCCGGGUCCAUUUUUAGCAGAUUCCAAAGGGGUACCAUCACAGAUUUCGGGCGAUUUUUCCGAAAUGGGAUAUUCUUUCGGUUUUGGAGGCUACAGAAAACGAAUUCAGCCCGAGGCUAUUCUCCAGUGAUAAUGAAGUCUAUUGAAUCUAUUCUCCGCCGAUUAUUAAGUCCAUUAAGCACAGAAUUUGGACAAUUAAUUUUGGGAUGGCAUUAUCGUAAUUUUUUGUGCGAUUUUUUUAGAAAGGCCAUUUUCUUUGAAUUUUGAAGGAUACAAAUCACGGAUUCGGCCUGAGGCUAUUAUUCAAUGAUGAUUAAGUCCAUUAAGCAGCGAUUUGGGCAGAUUUUUUCAGGGUCCAUUUUUAGCAUAUUCCAAAGGGGUACCAUCACAGUUUUCGAGCGAUUUUUCCGAAAUGCGAUUUUCUUCCGUCUUUGGAGGCUAAAGAACACGGAUUCAUCCCGAGGCUAUACUCCACUGAUAAUGAAGUCUAUUGAUCCUAUUCUCCACCGAUGAUUAAGUACAUUAAGCACAUAGUUUGGCCAAUUAAUUUUGGGAUGUCAUUAUCGUAAUUUUGUGUGCGAUUUUUUUAGAAAGGCCAUUUUCUUUUAAUUUUGAAGGAUACAAAUCACGGAUUCGACAUGAGGCUAUUAUUAAAUGAUGAUUAAGUCCAUUAAGCACCGAUUUGGGUGGAUUUCUUCCGUGUCCAUUUUUAGCAGAUACCAAAGGGGUACCAUCACAGAUUUCGGGCGAUUUUUCCGAAAUGCAAUUUUUUCCCGAUUUUGGAGGCUAGAGAACACUGAUUCACCCCGAGGCUAUUCUCCACUGAUAAUGAAGUCUAUUGAUCCUAUUCUCCACCGAUGAUUAAGUCCAUUAAGCACAGAAUUUGGCCAAUUAAUUUUGGGAUGUCAUUAUCGUAAUUUUGUGUGCGAUUUUUUUAGAAAGGCCAUUUUCUUUGAAUUUUGAAGGACACAAAUGACGGAUUCGGCAUGAGGCUAUUAUUCAAUGAUGAUUAAGUCCAUUAAGCACCGAUUUAGGCCGAAUUCUUCCCGGUCCAUUUUUAGAAGAUUCCAAAUGGGUACCAUCACAGAUUUCGGACGAUUUUUCGGAAAUGGUAUUUUCAUCCGAUUUUGGAGGCUACAGAACACGGAUUCAGCCCGAGGCUAUUCUCCAGAGAUAUUGAAGUCUAUUGAUCCUAUUAUCCACCGAUGAUUAAGUCCAUUAAGCACAGAAUUUGGCCAAUUAAUUUUGGGAUGGUAUUAUCGUAAUUUUUUGUGCAAUUUUUUAGAAAGGCCAUUUUCUUUGAAUUUUGAAGGAUACAAAUCACGGAUUCGGCAUGAGGCUAUUAUUCAAUUAUGAUUAAGUCCAUUAAGCACCGAUUUGGGCGAAUUUCUUCGGGGUCCAUUUUUAGCAGAUUCCAAAGGGGUAGCAUCACAGAUUUCGGGCGAUUUUUCUAAAAUGCGAUUUUCUUCCGAUUUUCAAGGCUACAAAACACAGAGUCACCCCGAGGCUAUUCUCUUGUGAUAAUGAAGUCUAUAGAUCCUAUUCUCCACCGAUGAUUAAGUCCAUUAAGCACAGAAUUUGGCCAAUUAAUAUUGGGAUGGCAUUAUCGUAAUAUUUGUGCGAUAUUUUCAGAAAGACCAUUUUCUUUGAAUUUUGAAGGAUACAAAUCACGGAUUCGGCCUGAGGCUAUUAUUCAAUGAUGAUUAGGUCCAUCAAGCACCGAUUUGGGCGGAUUUCUUCCGGGUCCAUUUUUAGCAGAUUCCAAAGUGAUACCAUCACAGAUUUCGGACGAUUUUUCCGAAAUGGGAUUUUCUUCCGAUUUUGGAGGCUACAGAACACUGAUUCAGCCCGAGGCUAUUCUCCAGUGAUAAUGAAGUCUAUUGAUCCUGUUCUCCACCGAUGAUUAAGUCCAUUAAGCACAGAAUUUGGACAAUUAAUUUUGGGAUGGCAUUAUCGUAAUUUUUUGUGCGAUUUUUUUAGAAAGUCCAUUUUCUUUGAAUUUUGAAGGAUAUAAAUCACGGAUUCGGCCUGAGGCUAUUAUUCAAUGAUGAUUAAGUCCAUUAAGCACCGAUUUUGGGCGGAUUUCUUCCGGGUCCAUUUUUAGCAGAUUCCAAAGGGGUACCAUCACAGAUUUCGGGCGAUUUUUCCGAAAUGGGAUAUUCUUUCGAUUUUGAAGGCUACAGAACACGGAUUCAGCUCGAGGCUAUUCUCCAGUGAUAAUGAAGUCUAUUGAAUCUAUUCUCCGCCGAUUAUUAAGUCCAUUAAGCACAGAAUUUGGACAAUUAAUUUUGGGAUGGCAUUAUCGUAAUUUUUUGUGCGAUUUUUUUAGAAAGGCCAUUUUCUUUGAAUUUUGAAGGAUACAAAUCACGGAUUCGGCCUGAGGCUAUUAUUCAAUGAUGAUUAAGUCCAUUAAGCAGCGAUUUGGGCAGAUUUUUUCCGGGUCCAUUUUUAGCAUAUUCCAAAGGGGUACCAUCACAGAUUUCGAGCGAUUUUUCCGAAAUGCGAUUUUCUUCCGAUUUUGGAGGCUAAAGAACACGGAUUCAUCCCGAGGCUAUUCUCCACUGAUAAUGAAGUCUAUUGAUCCUAUUCUCCACCGAUGAUUAAGUACAUUAAGCACAUAGUUUGGCCAAUUAAUUUUGGGAUGUCAUUAUCGUAAUUUUGUAUGCGAUUUUUUUAGAAAGGCCAUUUUCUUUGAAUUUUGAAGGAUACAAAUCACGGAUUCGACAUGAGGCUAUUAUUCAAUGAUGAUUAAGUCCAUUAAGCACCGAUUUGGGUGGAUUUCUUCUGUGUCCAUUUUUAGCAGAUACCAAAGGGGCACCAUCACAGAUUUCGGGCGAUUUUUCCGAAAUGCGAUUUUUUUCCGAUUUUGGAGGCUACAGAACACUGAUUCACCCCGAGGCUAUUCUCCACUGAUAAUGAAGUCUAUUGAUCCUAUUCUCCACCGAUGAUUAAGUCCAUUAAGCACAGAAUUUGGCCAAUUAAUUUUGGGAUGUCAUUAUCGUAAUUUUGUGUGCGAUUUUUUUAGAAAGGCCAUUUUCUUUGAAUUUUGAAGGACACAAAUGACGGAUUCGGCAUGAGGCUAUUAUUCAAUGAUGAUUAAGUCCAUUAAGCACCGAUUUAGGCAGAAUUCUUCCCGGUCCAUUUUUAGAAGAUUCCAAAUGGGUACCAUAACAGAUUUCGGACGAUUUUUCGGAAAUGGUAUUUUCAUCCGAUUUUGGAGGCUACAGAACACGGAUUCAGCCCGAGGCUAUUCUCCAGAGAUAUUGAAGUCUAUUGAUCCUAUUAUCCACCGAUGAUUAAGUCCAUUAAGCACAGAAUUUGGCCAAUUAAUUUUGGGAUGGUAUUAUCGUAAUUUUUUGUGCAAUUUUUUAGAAAGGCCAUUUUCUUUGAAUUUUGAAGGAUACAAAUCACUGAUUCGGCCUGAGGCUAUUAUUCAAUGAUGAUUAAGUCCAUUAAGCACCGAUUUGGGCGGAUUUCUUCCGGGUCAAAUUUUAGCAGAUUCCAAAGGGGUACCAUCACAGAUUUCGAGCGAUUUUUCCGAAAUGCGAUUUUCUUCCGAUUUUGGAGGCUACAGAACACGGAUUCACCCCGAGGCUAUUCUCCAUUGAUAAUGAAGUCUAUUGAUCCUG